UUUUUUUUUUUUGUACAUAAUUUUGGUGAUCUGAUGUAAUUGUAACUCUUGGAAUGAACCCAGUGGGAGUGACAGAAGAUCAUCAUCAUUCUUUGUGGCGACUAUGGGGAGAGGAGAAAACAAAGAAUGCAACAUAUAGUGUUUAUCUUAAAAAGGUCCGUUACCAUCCAGCCUCCUUGCCUGAAAAUAAAGAAUCAAAUGUGAUAGAGGACACUCAGACUCAGUUACAGUGGGAAAUGGUUCAGGUAAAAUUCAUAAAAGCAGGCACUUUGGAUAAAUUAGUGGAAAGUUUGGCAUCUGAUGCAGGUGAACUGGAAUCAACAUACAUCACUAUUUUUCUGGCAACUUACCGGUCAUUUGCAACCCCACAAAAAGUUGUCACCUUACUUCUAAAUAGGUAUAAGCAGUUGUGUGGUACAGAAGUGAAAAUGAAAGAAGACAUUAAAGAACAACACAAAAAAACAAUAAUUCAGGUCCUACAUGUCUGGUUAGAUAUGUAUUCUGAGGAUUUUAAAGAUCCUCCACAAUACUUUGCUCUACAUCAGGUUAUUGAGUUUGCUAAACAGUUUGUUCCAACAGGACAGUUAGAACUCAGAGCACAGUACAAACUUGAUAAAUUUAAACGUGAAGAAGAGACUGAUGAAAAAGUUAGAGAGGUUGGUUGGUGUCACUCAAGCACGGAAAGUGUAGACAUUGAUGAUGUUGAAGUUGUUAUGCCAUAUAAUUUUUUUGAGAUUCCAGAGGAUCAUUUUGCUUUACAGCUUACGUGGAUGGAUGCUGAACUUUUCAAGAAACUAGUCCCCUAUCAGUGCCUUGGAUCAGUUUGGUCGAGAAGAGAAAAAAACACAGAUUGGGAGAUAAUUCCUUCUACUGUUACGGCCACAGUAAACCAGUUCAAUGCAGUUUCCUUGAGUGUUAUGUCAACUGUGUUAUAUGAUACUGAGAUGAAAUUAUCAGUAAGAGCAAGUGUGAUUUCCAAAUGGAUAGAUAUUGCUCAAGAGCUGCGGUUUUUAAAGAACUUUUCAUCUCUGAAAGCUGUGGUUGCUGCCCUGCAGAGUAAUGCUAUUCAUCGUUUAAAGAAAGUUUGGCUUGCAGUUCCUAGAGAAAAAUUUGAAGUAUAUAAUGAGCUAGCACGAAUAUUUUCAGAAGAUAAUAAUCAAAUAAUUUGCAGAAAUCUGCUUGUAAAAGAAGGGUCAGCCAAGUUUGUGGAGGUUGUGGGAGAUGAUGACCACCAGUUACAGAAAGCAUUACAAAGGCAAUUGUCAGUUGGGAAUCAUGGCCCAAUGCAAGGCACAAUUCCUUAUCUUGGAACAUUCCUCACAGACCUUACUAUGAUAGAUGCAGCAAUUCCUGAUAAGAAUCAAGAUGGCUUGAUCAAUUUUGACAAAAAAAGAAAAGAAUUUGAAGUGUUGGCUCAGAUUAAACUACUUCAAAGUGCAGCAAAAAAUUACACCACAACUCCAGAUGAGAGGUUUCUUGCUUGGUUUGAUUCUGUUCCAGUCAUUGAUGAGAAUGAGAGCUAUAGACUGUCAUGUUUGAUAGAACCUCAACCCCAAAAUUCUGUGAUCAGUGAUAAAACAGGAAAUGGUACAAAGAACAUCAGAAACACUAGACACAAGAAAAACCUUUCAACUUCUUCUACUUCAACUACGUCUUCCAGUAGUGUGUUCUAUGAUGAUGAUCACAGUAAUACUAGUGUGCCUUCCACUGGAAUUGAUUGUAUUGUUUCAUCUAAUGACAUGGUACAUUCUGGUUCCAGUCUGUCCCUUCCUUUACUUGUCCAUGGUAAUUCUAGGUCUUCAGUUAUGAUGCCAGGGUCACCUACAACUCCUCUGCGAUCCAGGUCUACAGAAUUUUAUAUUAUUAGGGUAAGUGUCGAUAAAAGGGGAAAAAGUGAGGGAAGUGGUUCAGCUGUGUAUAAGAGCAUAAUGUUAAGCAAUAGGGACCACACUAGGGCAGUCAUUCAGAAUGCUUUGAUGAAACAUGAACUGUCAGGAAGCCCUGACGACUACAGCUUGGCUCAAAUUCUACCUGAAGGGCAUAUGGUUUUUCCAGAAAAUGUUAAUGUUUUUUAUGCUCUAAACACUUCCUAUGAUCUAAACUUUGUUGUGUGCCCAAAGCAAGAUGACUCAUCUGAAUUUCAAAAGAAAAAGACAAAGUAUCCACACAAAAUGAAACGUUUGUUUUCAGCGAUGACCUGAAACAACUUGUGUUUGUUUUUCUCUAGAUUACAUCAUUGUUCCUGGGAAUUUUUCUAAUGUACAUGUAGCUACUUUGAUAUUCCAAGGUAGUGUAAAUGUUCAGAGAACUUAAGAAUAGUAAGAAAUAUACAUCAUCUGUUACUUAUUUCUAAAUGUUUGGUGAAAGGUAACAAUUUAUCAUUUGUAAUACUAAGCAGCCUAAAAAGUGCACAUUAUGAAUCUACUAUAAACAUCUGUUGCAGGUCAUAUUAGCUUAUUGCUAUUGAUAUAAUUACUGUUUCUUACAACAUUGAAUUACACUGAUGUUUACUCUGAAAGAAUAUGUGUCAUAGUUUUAAAUAUUAAUUUUCAGUUAGCAUGGCAACUGUAAUCCUAUUAAUGAACAUGCAGUGGUGGGUGAAUUCAUUCUUUUUAUGAUAGGACAAGAUGGUGGUGUAACACAAAUAUGUUUUUUAACAGAAGCAUUAGAGGUGAAGUUUAGUAAUAUAUUUUUAUAAGUUAACCUCAGCCAAAUUUUUUAUUCUGUAAUAAUUAACAGAAAAGCAGUAAACUAUAAAAGUUGAAAACUGCAAGUUGAUGGGCUUCUGUGAAGUUUUUCUCUUCAGAUAAAAAUGUCUGUAAUUCUAUAACUAUGCCAUUUCUAUUAUGAGUAUCUAAAAAGCUUAAUCAUGUUUAUCAGCAAAUAUACUUUUAUGUCAUAUGCUGGUUAAGAUACAAAAAAAUGUACAACCCUGUGUACCUUAAAUCCAUGCUUAUUAAGAUAUAAGGUAUGUAGUUGGGGCCUGUGAUAGAUAAGAUGCAAUUCUUGAGUGUUUUGCACAAUACACCCUUUCAUUUCUAGUAUCAUUGGUUAUUAUUCAGGUAAAUUUCCUUUUGAAUUUGUUUUUACUUAGCAGUAUAUUCUUUAUAUGGAUUUGAUUUUGAAAGUCACUUGGCAGUGCAAGAAUAACUUGGUAAAAUAACAAUGAGAAAUAGGUAUACACCAUAAUAUUCAAGUUAGAAGUGCUUAGGUGCACAUUUAACCUAAUUAUACUAUUGCACUUGGGCAUACAGGAUAUUUCAUGUUUCCUGUAGCUAUUUUAUCUUGUCUCUUAUUCAUACAAAGACUAAUUAGCAAUUUAAAAUGUUUUUAAAUGCUCUUAAUGUCUGGAUAAUAGAAUAUUGUGAGUGAAUCUUUAAUCCAGUUACUGGUGAUUCACCAGAUAAGGUACAGUCUAUUUCAGGCAGUUGAAUGCAAGUGUGCUGUAUACAAUGUAUGGCUCACUAAAAUUCUGCACACAUUUAAAGCAGCUGCAGUCAAAGGGCUAAAUGUAUGUUUAUAAAAUUAGUGGAACCAUAGAUAUAUGUGUGUGUGUGUGUGUGUGUAUCAUUUGGCUUUGAAGUCAGUACAGCUUUUGAGUUUCAUUUGUGAAAAUAUAAGGGGCCUGUUUAUCUUUGCAAGUCUUGGUGAAAAACAAAAAAUAUAGUUCCAUGCAGUUUUAACAUACACACCAGAGAAACAUUAAUGAGUUAAAUAGUAUUAAUUGAUUAUACUUGAAUGUUGAUACUAUUGCUACUUUGACUGAACAAUGAGGGGAAUUCCAGGAAAGUUAAUAAUAGGUUUUAUUUAAGAUGGAUAUCCUGGACUAACAGUUGCAGACUAAAUUUGGGCAUUUGUUAUCUUUCACAAGUUUCUUGUUAACUCAGAUGUGAUUGUUUGCACCAGUAAAAUCAGUGUAGUUUCAUGAGGCUUACUUUUCACAGAAAUAGUUCACUUUCUGUAAGAAAGGAAAAACAUACAUCAGCUUUAACAUAACAUAAUGUUUUGGGACAACAUGGGACCUAUUGGUCCAUCACGGCUAUUCCAUCCUAUAAACUAAAUUAGAAUAAUUUUUAAAAAAAUCUUAAAGCCAGCCCUUAUCAUUCACAUGCUUAUCAAGCUUUUUCUUAA